AUGGCGAAUGCCGUGUCUGGUGUGGCGGUGCAAGAUGAUUGCAAGCUGAGGUUUCUUGAUCUAAAGGCCAAGAGGAACUAUCGUUACAUCAUCUUCAAGAUCGACGGCCAGCGUGUGGUGGUCGAGAAGCUUGGCCAGCCGUCCCUCGACUACGACGAUUUCGCCGCAGCCUUACCCCCAGACGAGUGCCGUUAUGCCGUUUACGAUUUUGACUUCGUCACGAGCGAGAAUUGCCAAAAGAGCAAGAUCUUCUUCAUUGCUUGGUCACCCGACACAUCGAAGGUUCGAAUGAAGAUGGUGUACGCGAGCUCGAAGGACAGGUUUAAGAGGGAACUUGAUGGGAUUCAAGUUGAGCUACAAGCAACUGAACCUAUCCAGACGGAGCUGUGGCGGCGACGGGCAGAGUGCCGGAGAGCGAGUCCGACGAGGCUGGCGCGGCGACGGGCUGGUUUCUCGACGGGAAGUAGGUGGCGGACGGCGGAGGCGACGCGAGUUGAUGUUGCUGUGGCCAGACGACAGAGGUGCGACAACAGACUGGCGGUAGAAGGCGGAGGCGUGGUGGAGGUUUGCUGA